CUCUAUGUCAUAACUUAACUAGUUAUUAGUAUGGUUGAAAUUCGCGUUAUAAAGCUACGUUGAAGUGGCAACGAAAAAAUUCUUAAGUGUAUAAAUAGGUUAUACUUGAAUACCGUAUUGUCGCAUAUUAUUAAAAUUUACAUGGUAUAACUAAAAUAAAAACUCCAGUAUGCCACUAUCGAACCAUCUACAAUCUAAUAACUUAUAACUUAUUUGUUUUGAUGUUGUCUAAGAAGCAAUACGCAGUCCGUCACCAUUGAUCGCGUUUUUUGCAGACAUCAAAAUCAUGGAAGAUUUAAAACACAAACUACGAAACUCCGACAGCAAGAAAACCGAGUUUGAUUCAAAAUACCCAAUAAAUCAGAGUAAAAAUGUUAAACGUUUUCUUCCUGAGGAUGUAAAAGACUAUGAACAAUCUAAACACUUAGUUCUUAAUCAAGAAGAUUUUCAUGUUAGUUCUACUAGUAAAAGCUCAAGAAACAUCAUCAAGAAUUCAAAUUGUGUUUCUUCUCAAAUUAAUAAAUACAAACGAACUUAUAGUCAAAAUGAAAUAAAUCAUGACAAUUAUGAAAAUAAUUAUGGUAAAACAAUAAAAAAGAAUUCUACAACAGCCAAUUCCACUAUCAUUUCCAAGUCAAAUAAGUACAUCAAUAAUUAUUCUUCUAUUUCCAGAAAAAUAUUGGCUACAGAAAAAAGCAAUUGUACCAUAGUUUCUCAAAAUAAAUCAACAAAAAAAAGAAAUGAAGAUUUUAUUUUAAAGACACAAAUAAAAACAAAUAUUUUUGAAACUAGCAAUCAAAAAAACAGCAAUAUAAAACGUAACACAUCUGAUAUUAAUUGCAUUGAUAACAGCUGCAAUAUAGCUAAUACAACAGAUACUGAUGCCUCUAUUAAUAAUAAUAAUAAUAAUAGCAAACAAUUUUGUGUUGAUAAAAUUCAAUAUAUUAAUACCAUUGGGGAUUACAAUGAUGUUUCUAAUAAUGGUGAUGGCAAAAAUGUGUAUGGUGAUCACUGGGAUAAAGAUGCAAAUAUCUUUACAGAUUAUUAUUCAAAAAAAUUAGAAAAAAUAUUUAAAAAAAAUAUAUUCUAAGAUAGGAAAAGAGUUUUUCAUUAGAUUAGUAG